AUGAAGGACGUGGAGAGCGACAUGGCGGCGCUGGAGCUGGACAUCGACGCCGCCUUCGCGCCCAAGGUGGAGAUCGGCGGCGGCAACUCGUCGUCCUCCGAGGAGGCGUCCUCGUCCUCGGAGCGCGUGACGCUGGCGCCGCCGCCGCUCAACGCCAUCGACGACGACGACGACAUCACGAGUCAGCUGCUGAGCAUGCUGGCCGAGGAGAUGUCCCAGAAGAAGCGCAAGCGCAACCUCAAGACGGCGGGGCCCAGCACCACGGGCAUCCGCCACCGCAAGGCGCUGGCGCUGGCCUCGCCCGCCGACGAGCUCAAGCGCGAGAAGAACCGCGACUCGGUCAAGCGCUCGUACUACCGCAAGAUCGAGACGCUGGGCGAGCUGAGGGCGCACACCGAGUACCUGCGUGAGCAGUACAACCGCCUGCUGGCGCAAUGGGAAGACAAGACGGAGCGAGAGAAGGCCGAGACCGCCAAGGACCCGUCCAGCCUCAUGAAGCGAUACCUGGAGCUCUCGAGGCUGCGCGACCGCCUGUGGAUGGAGAACACGCAGCUCCACGAGCAGUUCGAGGACCGCGAGAAGAUCUCGUUCCGCUUCCAACGACUGUUCGACGUCAACUACCAGCUCAUGGACCACUCGAUCGCCGCGCCGAUCGAGGAGGAGAACAAGGACCGCCGCGUGCAGACGCCCAUGCUUAUCAUGGACGAGAUGUCGUUUGAGAGCUUCAACAAGUUCGCGCAGGACGCGCAGCGCACGUUUGAGGGCUUCGUGGCUAGCCGCCACCGCAUGCUCACGACGGACACGGCGCUCGGCUGGACGUGCUCGCACGUGGCGAAAGACAACUCGUUCGGCUACUACUUCGAGAAGAACUUUCGCCGUAGCUCGUACGUGAGCGCGUCCGAAGUGGCGCGCACGGCCUGGCAGACGCUCACGUCGCCCGAGCGGCACUCGAAGCUGUACGCGCCCGCGCUGCACACGCGCUUCCACAUCAUGCAGCAGUUCGACAACAACAGCUACGUGCUCUACCGCACGAUGGAGAAGGAGGGCGAGGACUCGAUCACCACGGCGCUCAUCAUCAUGACCCGCAUCCCACACCCGAACGACUCAGGCUGCCUCAUCAUCUGCAAGGGCCUGCGCCGCGAGGAGCACACGCUCCACGUCGAGUUCAGCGAGGCCAUCGCGCUGCAGAAGAAGAAGGAGUGGCGGCAGUCCAUGUACUGGAUCAACAUCGAGGAGGUGCCCGUCGACGACAACAACAACAGCGAGGAGGUGUCCGGCGAGGACGUGGAGAAGAAGCUCAAGGUCGUGCACGGCGGCAUCAUGAACAACAUGGGCGACCGCAGCCGCUCCUUCUGGCUGUUCGAGAACCUCCAGAUCGCGCUGCGCUGGGAGCAGAACCUCGGGCUGGGCGAGCCGCUAAGCUAG